AUGUCUUCCUGGCUAGGGAGCAUCGGCUCUGGUCUAGGCCAUUCUUUGGGCCAAGUGGGAGGCAGUUUGGUCUCUCUCACCGGCCAUAUUUCUAAUUUCACCAAGGACAGGUUCAUCAAAGGAGGAGAGGAAGUAGUAGAAUUACCAACUUCUGGAAGAGGUGAAAUUGAACUCCUUCAUUUGUUCUACAAAUCAGAAAAUGAAAGGCUCCAAAACCUAUGUACUGAUCUUGAAGAGAAACAUGAAUUAUUACAGCAGCAAAUGAAACAACAAUCAACAAGUUACAUAGACAAGCUUCAGCACAAAGAGAGGGAGAUCAGCUACCUUAAAGAAAGACAGGCGGAGCUGCAGCACCAGCUACUGAAGCUGCAGUCAGGCCUCUCAGCACCUCGCUGCGUUGCUGUCACCUAUACCACAUCGUCCACACUCAGCUACGGGGGCAGUCAGCCCACACCAGCAUUCAAUGAGGAGGACAUGGAGACUAUUGACUUAAAUUGCUCAGACGAAGGAAUUAACUGGCAGCCCAGGGAAGUGUCAGGGCCUGAUUCUGAGCUUAGCCACUGGAUAAACAUAGCCGAGAGACCUCAGGCCGAAGGACCACAUCAUUCUGAACAAAAUGAAGUCGGUAACCUUCAGAAGAUAAUCAAAGAUCUUAAACAAAAUCAAAAAGAGCAACUUGAUAACUGCCAAUAUGAAAUAGCAGCGUUGCAAGAUGCAUAUCAGCUGAAACUGACGGAGGUAACUCGUCAACACCGAGAACGGAUUGAGGAGCUUGAACAAUUACUGGAGCAAGGUGGUUCAGGAGCCUACCAGGAGCCUAAACUCUCUGAGAUGCAAAAGGCCAUCGAAAUGUUACAGAGAGAAAAAACUGAAUGCUCCCAAAAAAUCAACGAACUGGAAGAUAAACUCAAAGACACCACUCAAAGAUUAACUUGUGCCGAACAUGAAAAAGAGAUUUUGCAGAGAGAACACAAACAGCUGAAUGUGGGAAAUGGACAAAUGGUGCUUGAAUAUGAGACUUUACGAGUGGAAUGUGAGAGGCUGGCAUAUUGUGCUGAUCAACCUGUGGAGCCUGCUGCGGGCCAAGAAACCAUGCAGAGUGCAGUGGAGGAGGAAGUGCUCAGGCUCCAGCAGGCACUGGCUGACAGUGAAAGUAAAAACAAAACACUGAAUCAGCAGGUAAUGUUAAUGAAAACUCAGCUAUCAAAUGGACACAAUGAAGGCGAUGUUAUCAUCAAUCAACUAAAAGAAGAUCUAGAUCAUGAAAAAAAGCAAGUUUAUCAGCUGGAGAAAGACAAAGCUAACAUUUCUGAAGAAUUGGAGGAGGCGAGAAACAAUUUAAUUCAGAAUGAAUGUGAGCUCCGUGCUUUGCAUGUAGCCAAGCAGGAGUGUGAAGAUAAACUACAAGAUUUAGUUGAUCAGCUGAAUAAAGCGCAGACAAAUAUUGAAGACAUCCAGAAAGAGAAUCUGCAUCUGAAAAGAUGCAUUCAGCAAAAUGAGGAGGAGCACAGCCAAAUGAGAAAACAAUUAAUGACUACUCAAGACCUUAACAAUAAUUGCAACAAUUUACUGAAAGAAAAGGAAACCCAAGUAAGAAACUUAGAGCAGCAGCUUUCAGAAGCUGAAAAGCAUGAUGAAAAUUUACAGAAAAUUGCGUUUGAUCUCAGGAUAGAAAAUGAGAAGUUGAUUUUGGCAUGUGAACAGGUGAAACAGAAAUUAGAAGAGUCUGUUGCUCUAAACCGUCAAGUUUCUUUAGAAAAAGACACGAUUCUGGAGACCCUGAGAAGGGAAAAGCACCAGCUAGAAGCUGACUUAGGUGGCGCUGAGAAGAGGCUGUUGGAGGAGGCCAACAAGCACAAGCAGAGCCUGGAGGAGCUGUCCAGCGCACACCAGUUGGAUUGUGCUGCCCUUAAGCAGGAACAGGAUCGUUUACUGGAGCUGCAUCAGCAGAAGGACCUGGAAAUAGCGGUUCUGAGAAAGAGCAUUGAGCAAACAGACAUAUGUCAUAAACAUACCGAGGAGCUUUUGUCCUCUAGUUUAGAAAAGCAGGAGCAUUUGACACAAGUGCUAAGUGAGAAGGAAACUUGCAUUGAAAAUCUUCAAGAAAAAAGUUCAGAGCUGCAGGCGGAAUUGGACAGAUGUAUUGAGACUUCUAAAAAGAAUGAAAUCUUACAACAGACGGUAGAGGAAAAGCAUAGAAGCCUGGGCUGCAUGAAACAAGAAAAGAAUCAUCUCCAGGAGGAGCUGGAGCGGCUCAGGGAGCAGCAGAGUCAGGCUGUGCACGGGGCCAAGCCCGGAUUCCCCGUCUGUGUGUCCGAACUAGAGUCAGAGGUGACCCAGCUGACCAUUGUCAAGAAACAUCUGGAAGAAGAAAUUAAAGAACACCUAAAGAUCAUUGAAGAUCAGAAAAGGAGUAAGAGGCAGCUGCUGAAGGCGAUGGAGGAGAAUAAGCACCAGUAUGAGCAAGUGAAAGAAGUGCAAAGGCGGCUGAUCUUAGAGAAAGAGGAGGAGAUUAAGAACCUGCAGAACACAAUUGAACAGAUCAAAACCCAGCUGCCCGAGGAAGGACAGCAUACCCCCACCAAAAACUGUGAUAUCUUCCCUGAAGAACAAGUUCAAAAUGUUUGCCUUGAAAAUGAACAUGUAAACCAUGAACUCUCUAAAGCAGAAACAGAAGAGUUAGUAAAAGGAAUACAAGAGCGAGAUUUGGAGAUUAAGCUUCUAAAUGAAAAGAAUCUAUCUUUAACUAAACAGAUUGACCAACUAUCAAAUAAUGAAGUAGGAAAGAUAACCCAAAUAAUUCAGCAGAAGGAUUUGGAAAUCCAAGCUCUUCAUGUUAAAAUAUCUUCAACGUCCUACUCCCAGGACAUCCUUCAGCAGCAGCUGCAAGCCUACGCUAGGGAGAAAGAGCAGAUAUUAGCUGUUUUCAGUGCCCAAAUGAGGGAAAACGGCCAUCUCAAAAUGGAGAAUCACAAAAUGAUGGACAUAGUGGUUGCCAAAGAGGCAGCGCUAGUUAAACUCCAAGACGAAAAUAAACAAAUGUCCUUCAGGUUUGAGAACAACCCCCAAGAAAUGUUUAGAGAAACGCUUCAGAAUCUGUCACGCAUCAUAAGAGAAAAGGACAUUGAGGUAGACGCAUUACGGCAAAAAUGCGAGACCUUAUUGGCUAUCCUGCAAACCUCUGGCACCGGGAAUGAGGCCGGGGGUGUUAACAGUGAUGAGUUAGUAAAGCUCUUACAGGAACGUGAAUAUUUAAAACAAAAAGUAAGCAAAAUGUUGGAGUGGAAAAAGCAAGUUAUCACUACCGUCCAGAAUAUGCACCACGAGUCAGCACAUGCCCUAGAAGAGCUGCUUCAGCUCCAAGGUCGAAUGUUGGAAAAAAGCAACAAUAGCAUUCAAUUACAAGGGAACUAUGAUGACCUGAUACAGAAUUAUGAUCAACAUGAAAACAAACUGAAAAAUUUGAGGCGUGACUUGACACAAAUGCAGCGUUAUUUGGAGCAACUCUGCAAUGCCAAAGACCUCUUCAUGGGAAAACUUGAUAGCCUUUCACCCCCACUGCAUACUGGGUCAUUGCCUCCUUGUGAGGCAGCAGGGCGUCUUGGAGCCAAUGAAUCUGAUCGAAACAGGGAGACUUCUGCGUUGCUUCAGCAACAGGUAGAAGAGCUAAGAAGAUCCCUGGAACAAAGAGACAUCAGCAUCAGAGCUCUGCAGCAGGAUAACCAACACCUGUCUGACUCCAUCGCUGCUGCUGCAGAGCUAAAAAAGAAAGAGCACCAGCAGCACAAUUCGGAGCUCAGGCAGCUGAAGCAAACAUGUGAUGUGCUGCAAAACCUUCUCAAGGAGAAAGAGCUCCUGCUCAAGAACCAAAGCGAGCAGCUGCUUUCCUCAAAGGAAAAUUUGACCAACAAAGUGAAUGAAAAUGAAAUUUUAAGACAAUCAGAAACAGACUUGAAGGAAAGAAUACUCAUUUUGGAGAUGGAAAUUUCAAAGUUAAAGGAUGAAAACAACAGAAGAGUAGAAGAGAUGAGGGAGAAGGAAAAUGCAUACCAAGCAUUACAAGAGAGGAACACACACGAAGUUUGGGCUGCUGCACAGAGAGAGGCCAAACUUAGAGAAAAUGUCAUGGUUUUAGAACAAAAACUAGUUUCUUCCUUGAAUGAGAUGGAAACUGCCAGCCAUCAAGCCAGCGCGCAAAUAGAAUCCUUGCAGGCGAAGUUGAACAUAGUCUCCAAGCAGAGGGACGAGGCUGCCCAACAGCUCUCUCAGGCUCAGGACCAGGAGAAGCAGUACACUGUGUCCCUGGGCAACCUGCAGAUGGUGCGUGAGCACGUCCAGCAUAAGGAAAAAGUUAUGGAUGGUGCUGAAGUGGAAAAACAAGAGCAGCUUGUACACAAAUGGAAAGAAAAGGCUCAAGACCUGCCAGUGAAAGUUAUUGACUUACAAGAACAUUUGGACAAAGCAAACGCCGUACUGGAUUCCACAUCAAGACUAAUGGAACAGUUGGAACACAAAGAAAGAGAAAUCCAGGAUCUUAAAAAUCAAAAUGAGCUUCAACAAGAAAUGUUGGAGGAUGUACAAAAGAAAUGGGUAAAUUUGGUAGAUGGCAUGGAGGGCAAAAUCGACAUAAUAUUGGUGAGAAACCUUUUUAUUAGGCAAUUCCACACUCCGAAAAGUCAGCGGCCUGAAGUGCUGCGUUUGAUGGGCAGUAUUCUGGGCCUGAAAAGAGAAGAGAUGGAUCAGUUGUUUAAAGAAGACCAAGGCUGUGUUGCAAGAUGGGUGAGCGGGUGUCUUGGAGGAGGAUCCCAAAAUGACCCCAACAAACCUCUCAGACCCAACGAGCAGUCUGUGCCCAACAACUCAUUUUUGGAACUUUUUGUAAAUUUUUUGCAGAGUCAGUCACACCCAUCCACUCCACCACCAAAUCUUUGCACAAGUGAGAUGAAACCUCUACAUUCUACGGGAACAAGAGCAAGCACAGGUGUGCCAGAAACUUUUCAAGAUUCAGCCGAUUCCAGAUCUGGUAGAAGGAAGGAUGUGGAUGCAUUUUCGGCCACCAACUCUGAGGCUGUGCCCCUUAUUAGCCCAGCUGGACUUGGCCAGGGCCAACCCGGAAACCUUCUGCUGGAGCCCAUUAAGGACUUCGUACCCACAUUUACAACACUGCCAGUGCCGCCUAACAACAGCACUGCAGUUGGGAUACAAGAUCUUUCAAAGAAGUAG